AUGCCCCGAAUCUCACCCCGCUUGGUGAGGGAAGCCUUGUGGCAUUCCCGUUUGCUUCCACCACUUUUGCGUGCUAACCCAGAAAUAGCCAUGGCCAAGCAAGAGCUCCGGUGGAUCAAAAAUGAGCUUCCUCGAGAUCAAUGGAGAGAUGCUAUCACUCGAAGAUCUAAACUAGAGCCCUUGCAGUACAUCCUCGGAACACAGCCGUUUGGAGAACUUGACAUAGAGUGUCGCCCAGGAGUGUUGAUACCUCGAUGGGAGACCGAGGAAUGGGUUACGAAGCUAUCAAAUCUCGUGGCAUCACGAUGUCCCAAAAAGAAUAUCCAUAUCGUUGAUGCCUGCACUGGAAGUGGAUGUGUACCUUUAUUGCUAAACCACCAGUUGAACGGACAGAGCGAUAUUUCUAGCCAAAUCGUGGGAUUUGACAUCUCCUUGGAGGCAUUUAACCUUGCAAACCACAACCUUGCCAGAAUAGACAAUAGCACACCGAACGUGAAGUUUAAGCAGUUGAAUUUGUUCAGUGAGAGUUUGGUGCAAGAGCUAGCAGUUGACGAGGUGGAUAUCCUCGUGAGUAACCCUCCAUACAUUCCCAAGGAAGACUUCUACUCCUCUAUGUACAUGAAUGGGGUCGAGAAGUCGGUGAGAUUGUAUGAGCCUGCAUUAGCACUUAUUGGUGAAAACGAAUUUUAUGAGGCAUUGCUAGCGCAGUUGAUACUUCCCAUGAAGAUAAAGGCAUUUGUAUUCGAAUUAGGCUACCAGCUGCAGGUUGACUUCGUCAAAACCUUCCUUGAGGGAAAAGGCUGGGAGGUAGGCUCCAUGAACGACGGAAGUGGAAAGAUUAGAUGCGUAUUGGGUUGGAGAAAGGAAAUGGAUUUUAUGCAAAAGUUAGCAGAAGAGAAAAGCUCAUAA